CUGGCGGCUCGCGCAGGCGCAGCCUAGCCCCGGGCGAAGAUGGCGGCCUCCAGCUGGGUGCGCGCGGCCGUGGUCCUACUCUGCGCCUCUGAUCUGCUGCUGCUGCUGCUGCUACCGCCCGGGGCCCGUGCGGACGAGGGCACGGCCGGUAAGCCCGGCGAGGCUGCUCCCCCUCCCCCGAAGAAGAAGAAGAAGGACAUUCGCGAUUACAAUGAUGCGGACAUGGCGCGUCUUCUGGAGCAGUGGGAGAAAGACGAUGACAUAGAAGAAGGAGACCUUCCAGAGCACAAAAGGCCCUCAGCACCGGUCGACUUCUCAAAGAUAGACCCCGGCAAGCCGGAGAGCAUCUUGCAGUUGACAAAGAAAGGGAAGACUCUCAUGAUGUUCGUCACCGUGUCAGGAAACCCCACGGAGAAGGAGACGGAGGAGAUCACCAGCCUCUGGCAGGGCAGCCUUUUCAAUGCCAACUACGACGUCCAGAGGUUCAUCGUGGGCUCCGACCGCGCCAUCUUCAUGCUGCGUGAUGGGAGCUACGCCUGGGAGAUCAAGGACUUUUUGGUCGGUCAAGACAGGUGUGCUGAUGUCACUCUGGAGGGACAGGUGUACCCUGGCAGAGGAGGCGGCGGCAAAGAGAAGAACAAAACAAAGCAGGAGAAGGGCAAGAAGAAGAAGGAGGGAAGCCCGAAAGCCCGGGCUUCGAAGGAAGACAACCGGGCCAGGAACAAACGAGAAGACCUGUAAUGGGGCCGCUGGGGAGCACGUGGGGCAGAGCACAGCCAGGGCUCCUGGGGGCAGGGCAGGCGUGGGACACCGCACACCGGACCAAAUUCUGCUUCCUUGUGCAGAGGGUCUGCCGCGAGGCCGGUUUGUGGUCUGAGUGAGAACCGCUGUGGAAAAGGCUGAAGCAAGGACACAGGUUUCAUGUUAACGCUGGACACUGCCAAAUUCAGGGUUACUAUAAAACCUCUUUAUGUGGAGACCUGGCCGUUGCUUUUUCUCAUUUAAAUUUUGGGAAGCCACUGGCUGCUCUGUCAACCCCCCGAAUGCGUCCUCUCUGAUGCGUGUCCUGUGCGGUGUCCACCUGCUUUACGUCCUGUUAACACUGGAAGGGUACCAGGUUCUAGUCAGACAGAUGUUAAGGCUUCAUUUACGUGAAUCGGGCUCCUCGUGCCACAGAAAAUCUUUUUCAUCGCUACUGAACACGCCCUGAGAGCCCCGCCCGGAGCUCGGGCAGUUGAGCGAGCGACCUGGGCACCCGCGCACGUGAGCCCUGCGCCUGCAGAGAGCAGAGGACAGGCAGUCCUGUCGCUCGGAGCUCCCGAGGGUUUCCUUUGAAUGCCCUGGACUCAGGUCGGUGUCACGUCAGGUGGCCAGUGAGAUUCAGGGCCCUGUUCUGUGUCCUUGUUUAGGAAACGUGCUCGUGUUGGGGCUUGCGUGUUUCAUCUCAGGUGGCCGUGUUACAGGAUGUGAGUUGGGAGUUGGCAGAGUCCUCUGCAGAGUGCGGUGGGAUGCCUGGUAACCUCACUCGUUUGUAAAUGUGUUUCUUCAACAAAGUGCCUAAAUUUGUGGUGUUUCUGCACGGCACUCACAUGACGCCCUACCUGCUGAUCUCUGAUCUCGCCAUUCACGUGGGAGCCUACUCUGGGUACGAGUCACAGAACUUCUAUGCAGCCGUCAUUUUUAAGAAGUAAAAUUGUUUGUAAAAAC